GCAGGAAUUUCGCGCCCGGCGAAUUUUCCGGCACUCCGCGAAAGAAGACGCGAACGUACGAAAAGCGACCGACAAGAGGAAGAAAACGAAAAAGAACGAGGAAGGGGAAGCGCCGGGAAUCGUUUUGAUAAGAAAGCGCACCCCUGUCCUACGGGAACUGCGCCACGGGAUACAAAGAGGGUACUCGGGGGAUGAAGGCGAGGGAGGGAAUAGGAAGACGAGGAAGAGGAAGAGGAAGCGGAAGAGGGGGGAGAGAGCGAGCGAGAGAGAGAGAGAGGGGGCGGGAAAAUGGCGGCUCGGAGGUCAUCCGACACCAAAUCGAAGGAGACGCCAUCGCAAAGCGCGGCACCGCCCCUCUAUCAUCGGUUCUUGCCUCUGCGAGUGUUAUCGUUCCGUCCGACGCGCGCUUUCCAAAUUCCACCGACUUUUCCUAUGGACGACGCAACUUGCUGGAUACGCCGAGAUGUCUCGAGUCGAGUUUCGAAAUUCUCUCAUAACCGCGACUCGAGUUCCGAUCCGUGUUCGGUUCCGAACCGAUCGGUCGUUCCUGUCCGAUAACCGGGUUUGAGAGGAACCGCGAUGAGAGGGCAGCAAGCUACGCGCCAAGAAGCAAAAGGCCAGGGAAAAUCGUCGGAGUCUCGCGACGCGAUCCGUUUCUCGGCGGUGAAGUCACAGCUUGGGGAGUGACGCGGUGGGCAAUUAGUCGGAAAAGGCGGAGCGGAUUCAAAGGAUUGGCAAGGCGUGGCGGACAGGAUCGAGAUUUUCGUGGCCCGUUAAAAGACACGUUCGUUUGUCUCUGCCAGAACAUCGGCUUUCAUUGAUCUACGUAACGCCGACGGUGGUCCGUCAAGCUCGAUGCUAUUUUCAUCCGCUUCCUGCCGACGGACGAGACAAGGUCCUGGCAGACCGCGCGAUUCUGUUACAUGCGUAUAUACGUGUGUACAGAUAAAUAUACGUAUACACGACACGUCUGUACGACAUGUUCACCGCGUUGCCAGUGGCAAAUCGCUUUCUCGAUCGAAAACGCGUUUCGUCGUUUACGAGGCAAUCCGGGUGGCGCGAAAGCGUCGAGACCGAGCGUAACGGAGACUCGAAACGAUUUUUCCAUCGUGUAAAUACAUCGGCCAUGGGCUAGAGAGAAACCGGCGAAGCACGCCGGUAGCGAGCAUCGCGUCGGCCGAUAACAAGUUUUCCGCGCGUAAAAUCACGCGCGUUCUCGGCCCAGGGAGAGAGGAAGAAAGAUCGGGAAUAAAAGCGAGGCGGAAAGAGGAGGACGAGCGAGACGGGAGAAUGGUUGCCGGUGUUGUGAAAUUAAUCGAACGCGAGACGCGAUAGCACCACGUAGAAUCACAACACGGUGUACGGUAACGUUGUCGCGUUCCGUUUCCGGUGUUUGUCGCUGGCCUUGCGCGGUCUCGGGCGACGCGCGGACUCGCUCGAGUCCCCGCUUCGUCGCAGCGUACUCGCUCGCUCUCCACUUUCGAGCGGUUCGACUUGCCGAGACGGAAGCGAAGUCGCUGGGAAUUUUUCUGGCAAGUCAGAACCUGACUGGGGACGCGGCAACGAUCCGGACGACCGUUCCUCGAGUUGGUCGAAGACGUUCACAGGUGAGGAAACACCGGCGAGAAGAAGCCGGUCUCCGUGGACACCGAAUGGGGUGGCUUUCGGUCGGGGGUAGAAGUAUGCGCCGCCCCCGUGCUCCUCCAAUGGGACGAGCUCGCGCGCUCCCCGGCGACCAAUGGCGAGGACCAACCGCUUCGCACCGUGCCGUGCUGCGCUCCACUCCUCGCCGUACGAGCGCGCCACAAAAAAAUGAAAAAGGAGGCCGACUGGAAGACGAAGAGAGAGAGAGAGAGAGAGAGAGAGAGACAUCAGCCGCCGACAACCUCCUCCGCCAACUGCAUCGGCAUUGGCAUCGGUGCGGAGCGAUCGGCAGUGCCAUUGGCACCGCUACGAUAAUCGUUCGAGUUGUCAGUAGCAGCAGAACCGCGUUAACGCGCUUCCACGCGGAACUUUAGCCGACAGUUUUUUUACCCUUUCGCGUACGAUUUCCACUAUCGCGAUCCGGUCGUCCACCAUCGACGUCGAAUCUGUGAAGCAAGUGUGUUUCGAGCGGUGAUAAUCGGCGGAUAUCGGUGCGGUGUCUGUCUCGCUGAUUCGUCCGCGGCCAGGAUGUACGGGACACGCGACGGUUGAGGAGCAUCGUUUCUGGAUUCGAUGGAACUACGUCGCACCGGAGAUACGAGUGACGCGCACCGGCAGCAAGGAUUUAUGAAUGAAGACACGAAUGGCGGGGACGUGAAUGAAGCGUGGUUUAUCGAAUAAACGUCGACCGUUCGAGCAGCGAAUGCUUAUUUUCGCGAUAAGCUACGUCGGACCGUAGGUACGCACGGUACGAGUUGCAAUCGCGUUUAUUCUCCGAUCGAUAACGCGAGUCGACGAUCGUGGUCGUCGCAGCUGGAACGCUCGAACGUCCGACGAACGCGGCGGCGGCGGCGGCGGCGGCAGCGGCGGUGGAGGCCGAAGAGAAUUUUCUUGCGAAGACGCGACGCGACGCGACGCGACGGUGAAACGAGCAUCGAAUGAUCGGCGAGAAACGGAGAAUCGACAUCGAGAAUGCCCGAUAGCUCGGACCAACUGUCGUCGCCGAACAGCGAGUGUAACAGCCAGAUCGGUGGCAUGCACCGAAACGCGUCCACCGGACAGUUUGACGACUCGUCGAUGCCCGGGCUCGCGUUAACGCAUCAUUCGCAUUCGCAAAAUCUGACGACGGCAUCGAACGGUAGCCUGCAAUAUCCUCAAGAGUUGACCACUUGUAGUUCCGCGAAUACGUCUACCAAUAUCGGAAACAUCGGCGGACUUUCUCUGGGAAUUACGGCCAGUAACUAUACGCCGGAUCAGAUAUCUUGUAUGUGCAAGGCGUUAUCGCAGAGACAGGAUAUCGAGAAGCUCACGAGGCUCCUAUGGUCUUUGCCGCCCGGCGAAUUGCUUCGUCGCGACGAGAACGUGUUGAUAGCGAGAGCCACGGUGGCCUUUCAUCGAGGCGCUUAUCACGAGCUCUACUCGAUUCUGGAGAGCCAUCCGUUUUCACCCGAUCGACACCCGGAGCUACAGCAGAUGUGGUUCAAGUCGCAUUACAGCGAGGCAGAGAAGAUCCGCGGCAGACCGCUCGGCGCGGUCGACAAGUAUCGGCUGCGCAAGAAGUAUCCGUUGCCGAAGACGAUUUGGGACGGCGAGGAGGUGGUGUACUGCUUCAAGGAGCGAUCGAGAAACGCGUUGAAACAGUGCUACAUGAGAACCAAGUACCCGCUUUCCGAGGAGAAGAAGAAUCUGGCGAAGGAGACCGGCUUGACCUUGACUCAGGUGGCCAACUGGUUCAAGAAUCGACGGCAGAGGGAUCGCACGCCGCAAACGAGAACGGAUAUGCUGCCGUUAAAUUGCCAGAAUAACGCUGGCAACGUGAUCGGCAGUUCGGUGAGCAACGGAGAAAGCAUUCAAUCGUUACAGAGCAUCGAUUCGAACGGUACGAAUCUAGCGAUGUCGCCGCUCUCGACGAUGAGCAUGUCGCCGGUCGCCGUGAACCCGUGCAGCCCGAUGGGUAUGAGCCCCAUGGCACCCCGUCAUCCCAGAUACGCGACACCGAUGGUCUCGUCUUCCGUGCACACCACGCACCCUCACAGCGGCGGCCUCAGUCCCAUGAACGACGUGAAAGCGCUGUGCUACGGACGUGGAAUCUGCGAAACCGGUAAGGACGCGGAACAGAGCUCGGUCUAUUACUCGAGUCACUCGAGCAUGCAUCAUCAGUAUUACCAGCAAACGCAUCAUCAGAUGAUGUCCAGCGCUCAUCACUACCAGCACCAUCAACAGGGCAUGCCGACCGGAUACGAAAUUACGCUUCCGCCCCCUCAGCACUCGACGUGACCAACCGACUACGAGACCGAUCGAAACGACGCGGCUCAUCCAGGUCAAGCGGACGAUUUGUUUGCUCGUGUCCACGCGUUUGCCUGACUCGGCGUCGCGCCUCUAUGUCCGAGCAACGUUUGAAGGGAACCGCGCGACUAAUCCUAUCGAUGCGCGAUCGAACCGCUUCGUUCCUAACGCGCGUAACGUUCACUGUACAUUUCUUCCAUUCGCGGACGUUACUUUUUCGAAAAGCGUAGAAACGAUUCAACGUUCGCGCGAUGACAAACAUCGAUCGUGCGCGUGUUUUUCAGCCAAUCGAGGCGCAACCUCUUGCGUAAAAUUUCUGGGAGGAGCCUCCCUCGAAGGAGAACUGGUUUAACAGGCGCACCCUUCUCAAAGGUGUUCGCGAUGGAGUCUCGUCAGCUGCUCCUCCCUCCUCUUUCUACGUACGAGUAAAACGACCGCGCAACGAGCGCAUUUCACGAAUGCAAAUCGAUAUCGCGUCGCUGCGCGAAUCGCUUCCUCGAGCGUACGUCUCUUCCUUUCGCACAGUCUCCUCGUAAAUUCUUAUCCGAACGCGUAACAGGUUUGCUAGAGUGAAACGCGUUGCGUGGCUCUUUAACGAAAGCGAGCCGCUUGCAACGAAACCUGCGCCGUUCUCGCAGCUACGAUCCUUUCAUUUCUCAAUUUUAAUUCGAGCACGAUCGAUUUGUGCUAUUCCUCCGCUCCGAAAUUUGGAUUCUUUCGAUACGAAGAAGCGACUUCUGGUAGGUACUCGUUUAGGGUACGUGCGUGUGCUCGUGUGAAAGUUCGCCAAUGUACAUACGUAUGUGUAGUACGUAUGCAUGUGUGUAAGUACGUGUGUACGCAUGUAUGUAUAUAUAGAUCGAUCACAGUGUUCAAUUUCUGAUGCGAAAUAUAUUUUUGACCGUAGAAUCGAGCGUACGAACGGGCAACUCGCCCCUCGAUAACUCGACUCUCGUGUCCCGAAAGAAAAGAAACGAUCUUUCGGCAAACGAUGUAUCGCUUUGACGGAAAUUUAUUGUACAACUACGAGCGCGAGAGCGUGAGAUGCGUUAGAUGUAUAGUUAAGUAAAUCAUAAAUCUGUGAAUCACGUUUCGA